GCAGUUCACUAGAGCAGGGCACACACAGCUGAGAAGCAAUGCUAUAAUGAUCACCAGUACUAUCACAGUUGUUCUGUUUAGCACUGUGGUUUUCGGCUUACUGACAAAGCCUCUAAUCCGUCUUCUUCUUCCUCACGCUCCGAAGCAUCUGAGCAGCAUGUCCUCAGAUCCCCUGAGUCCAAAAUCCUUCCUUUCUCGUCUCCUCCUCGAAAAUGGCCAGGUAUCCGAGGUCGAAGCUGUGGGGGAUAAUAUCAUCGGCCUGCCGAACCUUCGGAUGCUCCUCACCAAACCCUACGCAUCGGUUCAUCACCAUUGGCGCAGAUUUGAUGAUUCCUUCAUGCGCCCAGUUUUUGGGGGCAGGGGAUUUGUUCCUUUUGUUCCCGGUUCGCCUGCAGAGAGAAAGGGUUUGGCUGAAACAAGCAUUAUUGAAGAACAAUGAUCCGCAGUUUUUUUUUUUUUUUUUUUUUUUUUU